AUGAAGAAGGAUGACGAUGAAGACGAUGCCCCGACAUAUGUUCUCGAAGACACCAAAGAAUCCCUGACGAAGGAGGAAUACGAAGCAUUCGUUUCUGGAAAAGAUCCUAAAGACACAGACGAGGCUGCAACUGGUGCGAAGAGCGACCAGGAUGCCGCCAUGAACGCACCAACACAGAAAGAUAAGAUUGCCGAGGUGGGUGCUGUCACAAAGAAGAGGAAGGCUGUCAAGAUUGUCAAUGAAGAACCGGAAGACGAGAAGAACAGCGACCCGAAGAACGUUGACGCAAAGUCGAAGAAAAAGCCAAAGAAGAAGGCCAAAACAGUCAAGCUUACUUUUGGGGACGACGACGGCUGA